CAUUCAUCUCCCAGGUCAGACAGCAUCUGUUAUAUGAAGCUUUCAAUUGAAUCGGAAGAAUCGCCUGUCUAAAGUCUGAGGCGUGUUUCACACCGGUACCUGUUUUUGAUAGGAAAGGGCUACGUGUGAUGCGCAAAGGUCUCACUGUCUUGCGUUCCGGCUGCAGUUCCCCUAGCCAACACUCUAACAGGCGCUGUGCGAGCAAGAAAAGACGCCUGGAGAAUCCGGAAUGCUCAUUGCGGGCUAAUAACACAUCCUAAACAACUGGCCCACCUCAACUUCCAUAUCGGCACGAUUCUUCGCUCCCGUUGCGGACUCAAGCUCACUAAAGCAGAUCUGGCAGUAAAAAGAUCAUUGCUCAUAUACAUUUGAAGAAGAACACUUGAAAAGCCAUCAUGAAUUUCAUACUGAAGGCAGCAAUGGGAGGAGGCCCCCCUGAUGUAGGUAAAAUGAUGGGAGGAGAGGAGGAUAAAGACCCUGAAGCAGAAAAAGAGAAGGAAGAGGCGAGACAGGAAGCUCUCAGACAGGAGGAGGAUGAGAGGAAGGCCAAACAUGCCAAGAUGGAAGCAGAGCGGGAAUCCUUAAGACAGGGCAUCAGAGACAAGUAUGGCAUCAAGAAACGAGAGGAGGCAGAAGCCGAGGCACAGGCAGCCAUGGAGCAAGCCAGCGAAGGCAGUCUGACUCGUCCAAAGAAAGCGGUACCGUCUGGCUGUGGAGAUGAUGAUGAAGAGGAAAACAUCAUGGACACGAUGAUGAAGUAUCUACCAGGCCCACUGCAGGACAUGCUAAGGAAAUAAUAGAAUAAUCUCAAGCACAUGCAGCUUUAGGUAGUAUUGUAAUGUGUGUUGACUGUGGCCAGGAGAGAGCACACAACAGCAAAAUACGGUACACCUGACUACACCUUUCACCUUUCACACAUUUUGAUUUGUGAAGAGCUUUAGAUAUUAGUGACAGAUCAAUCAAGCCAGAAGGGUCAAUUAUCAGAAUAUAAGCCAUAUUUGAUCUUUAAAAUGCGGUUAUUUCUUAUCCAAUAUGUAAACAGCAAUAUAUAUGCAUGAAUUGUUCGAGUGUCUAUUCCACUGUUUUGUAUUAUUAGUCGAUAAGGUUUUCCACUUGCAUCUAACGUUAAAUGUAAUGAAAAAAAGUACUGUUAACAUUGUUAAAGACAUUCUUGUCUUGCAUGUCUCCAUAGUGUAUAUGUGCUCAUUGACAUUCUGUUUUGAGAUUGUAAUCCGAAAAAGAAGGCAAUAACAUUCUCCCAUGCUGUAUAAGCUAAUGACAAAUAACUUUGUGCAUCUAUUGCAGUUCAUUCUGUUUAUCCUUGUCACACUUCAUGCAAUAUAGUAGUGUUGACCUGCAACAUUUAAAGCCUCAAUUCAGUUUAACAGUCUUGGAGAAAGAGAGAUACAUUCACACACAUCUGUUACCAUGCAUUAAGACAGAUUCUGAAUUUAUGGAAGUUGCAAUUUUCCAUUUUAAGAAUGAAACUCAGUUUCACAGGGAUACGUUUUGGACUGUAAUUUCUGUGGUCUGGAGCCAUAGGGGAAUUUUUUUCUGUGAUCUACAGUACAACAUUCUCAGCAAUAAUACCAUAUUCUGUUUGCUUGGCUUGCAGUUAAACAAGAAAUAAAAUUGUGCGUGAAUGGCUCUGAUGAUUUACGAUAGAAUGAAAUGUGAUCUAUCUGUCUUUGGGUAUUUGAGAAUAUGGCACUGUAAUAAACCAGUCUCACACAUA